CCAGCCCCACCUUGCUUUCUCUCCUUCCCAGAACCCAUCAUAACCCAUCAGACCAUUUCCUUUCCUUCCUGCAUGCACACCUCCUCCAUUCUUCGUCAACUCCAUUAACGACCCGAUAACCCAUUUAAAACUCUCUGAUCCGCCGCCCCAGCCCGAAGGACAGAUACAGAGAGAAAUUUGCACUUAUUAGGGAGCUAUGUAUAAGAACCAGCUGCAAGAGCUGGCGCAGAGAAGCUGCUUUAACUUGCCUUCCUACACUUGCAUUAGGGAAGGUCCAGACCACGCUCCCAGGUUCAAGGCUUCCGUUAACUUUAACGGCGAGACGUUCGAAAGUCCCCAUUACCACUCUACUCUCCGUCAAGCCGAGCACGCCGCUGCUGAGGUCGCCCUCAAUUCUCUCGCCACUCGUGCUCCUUCUCAUUCCCUCGCUGCUAGAAUCAUUGAUGAGACGGGUGUCUACAAAAACCUCCUACAGGAGAUUUCACAAAGAGUUGGAUCGCCUUUACCCCAGUAUACAACUUUCAGGUCAGGUCUGGGGCACCUACCAGUCUUUACAGGAAUAGUGGAACUGGCUGGAAUAAUGUUUACGGGAGAACCUGCUAAGAACAAAAAACAAGCUGAGAAGAAUGCUGCCCUGGCAGCUUGGUCAUCACUGAAGCAACUGGCACAAGAAGAUUCUAGUUCAUCAUCAGAGCCAGAGAAUAAUGAUGAACAGGAGCAAAUCAGAAUAGCUAGAGCCCUACUUAACUACAGGUUGAAGGAGAAGAUUCAUAUGUCUAACAGUAGCAGAACCUCUGUUCCCUUUCAGAAGAAAUCUUUUAUUCCACCCCCUCGGCCAUCAAGUCCGCAGCGUCCUCCCACGGCCGCAUCUAAAAUCCUCCCCUUGUUUUGCCAAAAUAGUGUUUCUCAGAAUAAACAAGCAGUAGCAAAUGACAGCCCUGUUCCAUUAUCACAGUCUCUUUCAUCAGAGGCGCGUUCAGUUCACUGCCACAAGCUUCCUACCAUGGAGAGGGCAACUUAUGUUCCUAUUACACAGUACAGGACACCUUACAAAGGGAUUGCUCCUCCUGUUACAAUCAGAACAGCAGUACCAGUUUACUCUGCACCACCCCUUCCAGCACCAUCUGCAAGUCACCCUCGAGCAAUGCAGCCUCGACCUGUGCGAAUGGCUCCCCCAGUUCGUAUCAGGCAAGCUAUUCCUGUAUUUGCUGCUCCAUCAGCAACUCCAAAGAGAGAAUUACCAAGUAGUAUAGCUUAUAGCUUGUUAGAAAAAUCACCACCUUAUGCUGAAGAAUCAGGAAGUGAGCCAAGCAUUGACAUAAAUGAAUCUACAGUUUUGAAGUGCUUGGAACAUCUGGAAAUUUGAUGGUAACUGGAGAGAUACGAAUGUACUACUUAUGUUUUGUGUAUGAGUUUACUCUGCAUUUCCGUCUCUUGCUGCUUUUUGAUACGAGUGCCCCGUGUUCUUCAUUUACCAUAGUUUACUUUCAGCUUCUGCCUGUCAAUUUAGUACCAAUGUUACCGAACGCUCCCAGUUGCGGGGAUGAUGCAAGAGGGUCACUGCUUCUAAGAUUAAAAAUAUCGUCUUUGAUGCUUC